UUGCGCUGCCUCCGUCAGCCGGGUUCGGGAAUAUGGCCGCGCGGUCAGUGUGGGCGGUCCGGCGGCUGGUGCAGCGCCUCCUGGCCUCGAGUGCCGCGUCCGAAGGCAGGGGAUGGCUGCAUCCUUUCAGCACCGCCACCCAGAGAACUGCUGGAGAGGACUGCAGUUCUGAGGACCCUCCCGAUGACCUUGGGCCCUCUCUUGCAGAACGAGCCUUAAAGCUUAAAGCUGUGAAACUGGAGAAAGAAGUCCAGGACUUAACAAUGAGAUACCAGAGAGCUGUAGCUGAUGGUGAAAACAUAAGGCGGCGAACCCAGAGAUGUGUAGAAGAUGCCAAGAUAUUUGGAAUUCAGAGUUUCUGUAAGGACUUGGUAGAGGUGGCAGACAUUUUGGAGAAGACUACAGAGUACAUUUCUGAAGAAACAGAGCCUGGGGACCAGAAGCUCACUCUGGAGAAGAUCUUCCGAGGGUUAUCACUUUUAGAAGCAAAGCUGAAAAGUGUGUUUGCCAAACAUGGCCUAGAGAAGAUGACACCCAUCGGUGACAAAUACGACCCUCAUGAGCAUGAACUCAUCUGUCACGUGCCCGCUGGCGUUGGGGUACAGCCCGGCACUGUGGCAUUAGUAAGGCAAGAUGGCUACAAGCUUCAUGGCCGCACCAUUAGACUUGCCCAGGUGGAAGUGGCCGUGGAGUCUCAGAGAAGACUAUGAAAGGACCAUGAGGAACUGGAUGUUCUCCCAGAGUACAGUCACCUGUGUUUCCUUUAUUUAUUAAACUAGGUUUGUAUUGUACAUGAGGUACUUCAUGUGAUCUGUUUUGGAUUUAGUCAUAUUGGCUUUAUUUCUAAAAUACUCUACGGAUUUAAUGUGACCUAUGUGGUCUCAUCAGAAGUCUUGCCAUUGGGCAUUUGAACAAUGUGACAAGUGAUCCUGUGGCCUUUGUCCAAAUCUGUUUAAGAAAAUUAUUUUAAAAUUGGUACUCUGAUGACUAUCAAUUGAAAAUCUUUUUAAAAGAUGGAAACGAGGAUAUGUUUAUGUAUUUUCAGCUAAAUGUUUCUUUCUAAUGGUCUCUGUAACAGGAAUUGUAUAGGAUCUGUUAUUUCGUGGGAAAAGGAGAUGGUAGGGAUUGAUUCAACGUCUGGGUACUUAGAUGCUAAAGCUGUAUAGAGUUACAUGAAUUUAGAUCGUUUGGGUUGAUUUUUAUACACAUAGAUUUUUUUUUUUUUAGGACUUCCCCUUGUUAUUUUUCUUUUAGCCACCUUUUGUCCUUGUAGUCCCCACCAGGUGGGCCAUAUUCACACUCAUUGUCCCUUUCCAGUUCCCGUUUAUAAGGGCUAAUUAAGGCCAAGGCAAGACUUGGAAGGCAAGGAGUAUCAAGAAAUUCAAGAUACGAGGUCCCUUUCAAGCAAGUAUGACCAAGAAACGUUGUGCUGUCUUUGCUGAUUUACCUUCAAAUUUUCAGCCUCCCUGGGUAUAUAAUCAUUUCAUUGUAACUGAAGCAGCACCCAUAGCCAAUGAUCCAAGUUGGUCUGUAUAAGUAAUUUACCUACAGCUUUUGUCUCCACUAGCCCUUAAAUCUUCCACUUCGUCAAAUUUGCUUUAUCAUCCUUUAUUAGAUUAUGCAGGGAGGUGGUCAGGACAAAAAUAGGUUCCUACAAUUUCUCAUUUCAUUUAGUUAUGCUGAUUUUUUUUUUUUUUUUUUUUUGGUACUCACAAAUCACUACCUCUCUCACACUGAUAAACUUUGUUUUCUAGUUUUUGUUUGUCUUAUGUCACAUGUAUUAAUAUCUAGCUGGAGUUAGUGAGACUGUGUGGUUUUGUUUGUUUGUUUUUUCUAGUCUUACUUAUACCUGGUGCUCUGUAACAGAUUUGGUCAGUAAAUAAGUGAAUGAAUGACCUAUGAAUCAGACUUUAGAAAGGAGGUCAGUUAUGGAUUUGUAAUGUUAGAAGAGGCCUUAAUGAUGAUCUCAUCUCACCCUUUCAGCUUCUUAAGAAUGAAGACAUCUUUUAAGAACUGGACUCAAAAAUGUCUAAAACCAGUAAACUGAAUUUCUGUGAGGACUUGAAUAAGGAAUAACUAGAUACUAACUUUAAUCAUUUAAGCUUCAACAGUUCUGUAAUGAACGUGCAAGUGUGUCCGCAGCAAACAAAUGUCGUUGGAGGUCCAGAUUGCAUGGGUUCAGGUUUUUACGUCGGUUACCCAUAAAGUAAAUCCAUUUCUAGAACUUUAUGACCCCAUUCCGUGGAGUGGUAAAAGUUAUCCUCUUAGACAUCAUAGAUGGUUCUAGCACACUCCGCACAUAUCAAUAAAACCAUCCCCCAAUGGGCCCUGCCAUCUCCACCAGAAUUAGACACUUAAAAAAAAAAUAAAUAAAAAGCAAGUACAUGCUUUUAAGAAGCAAACAAAAGACUGGUGUAAGAUUUUUAAAACCAGAACCGCUUUCUGCUUUCCACUAAGUACGUACUAUAAACUUAAUGAGCAUCAGAGUUCACAAUAAGAACUGGAUUUUUUUGCCUUCAUUCCUUUGAGAUUGACCGAUGGUGACAAGAAAAGGAGCCGAUGACAAUUACCUAGGCUUCCAUGAGUUACGAGCUGUCAUUAAUCAGUGAUUUAGAACCACAAUAAUUUUAGGUAUGGCAUGUUCCAAGUACUUCAAGAGUUUUCUAAUAUUCCUUGCAACCUCCCGUUUUAGCAAGUAGAUUGAGGAGAAUUUUAGAUUUUUUUGUUAUUCAGUAGUUACGCAGACUUAAAAGUGUAAAUUUAGAAGAUGGGGCUAUAACAGUAAGAAUCUCAAAAAGUUGGGCUUUGGGGAGCCAGAGCAGCAUAAGAGAGCAGGGGCUCUGCAGGCAUUGGCUUGAAUGUAAAUCCCAGCCCAGUCUGUCACCUUGGGCCCCAGUCAUCUCACCCUCCAGAGCCUGCUUCCUCGUUUGUACAAUGAUUACAAUUCUCUCGCAGUACUGUGAGGAUUGGAUGAAAUGUGUAAACUGUCUACUACAGUAGGCCCUCAAAUAUUUAUUUUUAUUACUUUUUAUUAUAUAUGUGGUUUUGCCUCUGUUUUUAUAGCUGCCCUAAAGUCUAAGGAAAAGGGAAGGCUGGUUAAGUGAUGCUUUUCUAUAAAAAAUUGUAGUUUAAUCAAUCACAGUGACUUGUUUUCCUGCCAGCUUCAUUUUUUUCUGUUGUUGUUGUUUUUUUUUAAACAUAAAUCCACACUUUCAGACUGAAGGAGCAAGAAAAUUGUGUCAGUGCUCUUAUUAUUUUCAUCUUGACGGGAAAGCGAAAAGACAUUGUAGGCCUGCAGUUGUGUAAGGAAGCUUUGGCUCACUUGAAGAGGGGAUCUUGGUGUUUUAGUACGUACAGUCUAACAGUCUACAAAUCUUUUACAGAUUGUCUUCUCGGCCAUAAGGGAAUCAGUUUGAUACUGAUAAAUUAAUUGGUGCUCUUUCAUGGCAAAGGAUUUGAUAAGUGAAGAAAGGGUCUUGAACACUAAAGCAAAUUAAAUAGGGAUAUUCAGAAGCAACUUCAAUAAAACCUGAGUUGAUGUAACCGCA